UCAUAGAAACCGAGACCAUCGCCGGGUUCUUUUCUGCACCAUCUCAUCAUGUGACCACCAGUAAAACCCUCUCUCUCUCUCUGCAACUAAUGGGUGUUUUUUUAUGUAGUAUAUUUUUAAUUUUUUUGGUUGAAUGAAGAAACCAGAUCUUAACCAAACCCAUUAGAUAUUGUUCUGUAAAAUAACAAAAUUUUGUUAUCUAUUUCAUCAACUGUUUAUUUCUUGGUGCAAAAACGAAGUUUCAACAACCCCUCAUCUUUCAAUCACUGUAUCUUAAUUUCCACUUCUAUAGAAAGUACCGAAAACCGAAAGCUCCAUCUCAACUGCUGAAAGCCUCUCUCAUCUUCCCAAAAAUUGUGAAUUUGUGAUAUUUUGAUUUGGAUUUUUAAAUGAGAAAAGAUGGUGGAGCUGCGGAAUUCCUCCAACAACAGGGGGUUCUAUGUGAGGAUGAGGCUUUCGCACAAGCAGGCCAGACAACAAGAGAAGAACACAUUAUUCAAAUAUUACAAAUGGGUUCUCUGGUUCUUUCUGACUCUCUAUUUCUUCACUUCUUACCUCAUCAGUCACAAACCCAACCCUAUCUCUAAACCUCAUGUUGUUACCUCCAAAUCAGCUAUGGCCUUUCGUGCCCUCGUCGAUUCCACCAAUUCAACAUUCUCUAAAUAUCCCAGGAGAGACAAUAAUGACGACCCGUUAAAGGGGUUGAAGAUAUAUGUCUAUGAUUUGCCGUCCAAAUAUAACUCAGAUUGGCUCUCUAAUGAGCGAUGCAGCAACCAUUUAUUCGCUUCGGAGGUUGCCAUUCACAAGGCUCUGUUAAACAGCGAUGUACGGUCUUUUGAUCCUUACGAGGCAGAUUUCUUCUUUGUUCCCGUUUAUGUGUCCUGCAAUUUCAGCACCGUUAAUGGGUUCCCAGCGAUCGGUCACGCUAGGUCUCUUCUAGCCUCUGCUGUUGAAAUAAUCUCCUCCAUCCACCCGUUUUGGAAUCGGAGUCGUGGGUCCGACCACGUGUUUGUUGCCUCACAUGACUACGGCGCCUGCUUCCACGCAAUGGAGGACAGAGCUAUUGCGGAUGGGAUACCAGAAUUCAUGAAGAACUCGAUCAUACUACAGACGUUCGGUGUCAAAUAUAAACACCCUUGUCAGGACGUGGAGAAUGUCGUGAUACCUCCUUAUAUAUCGCCGGUGAGUGUCCAGAAUACAUUGGAGAAAGCGCCGGCGAACGGACGGCGAGACAUUUGGGUGUUUUUCAGGGGAAAGAUGGAAGUAAACCCCAAGAACGUUAGUGGACGUUAUUACAGCAAGAAAGUGAGGACGGUGAUAUGGAGAAAGUACAGCAGUGACCGGAGGUUUUAUCUUCAGCGGCACAGGUACGCCGGUUACCAGUCGGAGAUAGUACGGUCCGUGUUCUGUUUGUGUCCUCUGGGGUGGGCCCCGUGGAGCCCGAGGCUGGUAGAAUCAGUUGUUUUAGGGUGUGUGCCGGUCAUAAUUGCUGAUGGUAUCCGGCUGCCCUUCCCUACCGCUGUACGGUGGUCUCAAAUAUCCCUGACGGUGGCGGAGAAGGAUGUGGGUAAGCUUAGUAGUAUACUUGAACAUGUAGGGGCAACCAAUCUCACCGCAAUACAAAGGAACCUCUGGGACCCAGCGACACGGCGGGCCCUUCUGUUUAAUGAUACGAUCCAAGAAGGAGAUGCCACCUGGCAGAUCCUACAUGCCUUGGCGAAGAGGCUUGAUAGGUCAGUGGGGGUCUCUAGCCAAUAACUAUGUGACAUUUGUAAAGUUUGAAUUGGGUGAGUACUGAACCCGGCUUUUGCCCACGUGGAUGCGGUUGCAUGGAGCAAUAAUGGAGGCCAGCUGGAUACCUUCUGUGAUUGAUCGUAUGUCAGAAGACAAAAUUUUAUUGGAUGUUGCUAGGCCCACUUUUGGGGAAGCUAAAAUAUAUUCGAGUUUUAUUGCUGCUGAGUUGGCGAUGGGCGAUUAGUUUAAUAAGCUGUUUGCGUGGGAAACAUGAAUAUUCUGUGGUGUGUACUGUACAUGUGGGAUGGUGAUGAGAGAGAGACACAUAGACUAUCGUGUAUUGCAGCGUUAGACAUUAGUGCCCAACUAAUCUAAAUUUAAAAUGUACAUAACGGUCCAAUUUUUGUAUUCUUUUUGACGAAUGAAUAAUAUAAGUCGGUAGAUGAGCUAUUAAAA